AUGGCCAACAAGAAAGCUGGCAAGGGCCAUCGGAAGCCACAAUUGGCCAAAAAUACCCCAUCAAACGGUGGUAAAACGUUAUUGGAAAGGAUCCAAAUGUCGAGAAAAGUGGACAAUUCGAAGGGAAGGUCGAAAAGCCCAAAAGAUGUGGGUCUCCGCGUGGUUGGCGGACGAUUGGUGAGUGCAGACGACGUAGGUGUCCUGUUGAGAGAAGCCGCAGCCCGCACAACUCCAGCUCCAAAAGCCGCGAAAAGAACGGCGAGGAAAAAUGGCGGCAACAUCGUUCACAACAACAAACGUGUGGAAACAACCGUUCAGAGACGCGAGGCAGCCAGAAGCCGUGAUCGCGCUCGCGUACAGCCAUACGGUAAAGAUCUGUACUUGACAGUCAACACGUCAUCAGAAUCGCGGUUUUUGAGGCUUCGAAACCUGCCAUUGGGCUCCGAUUCCCAAUCCCUAGCCCAAGCCGUUGAACGAAUUGCUGGUGUGGCCGUACAGAAAACCUCGAUUGUAGAUCUGCCCUCAGGGUCCGUGACGGCAGAGCUUUGGCUCCAAAGUUCAGACGGUAGGGUUCUAGUGGAGGCUCAAAAACGUUUGGAUCGUGCAAACGUUAACAACCGCGUCAUUUCCGCCGAAAUCGUGUCAUCAUAA